GAAGAAGACGUGCUCGACGCACUGCUGUGUUAGCUUUAGCAUCGUCAUUACCUAAUUUAUCAGUAGGUUGUAUCUAAAAUAUCAUACUGAGUAAUUCUUAUCAUUGAUCAUGGAUGACGAAGCGUAUCCUAAAACACUUUAUGUGGGGAACCUCUCCAGAGAUGUAACCGAAGUUUUGAUUCUGCAGCUCUUUACCCAGAUAGGUCGCUGCAAAAGUUGUAAAAUGAUCACAGAGCAUUCAAGCACUGACCCUUACUGUUUUGUGGAGUUCUUUGACCACAGAGAUGCUGCUGCAGCUCUUGCAGCCAUGAAUGGGAGGAAGAUAUUAGGAAAGGAGGUCAAAGUAAAUUGGGCCACAACUCCAAGUAGCCAGAAGAAAGACACGUCCAAUCACUUCCAUGUCUUUGUUGGUGAUCUGAGCCCUGAGAUCACCACUGAGGAUGUCAGGAAAGCAUUUGCACCUUUUGGGAAAAUCUCGGAUGCACGUGUUGUGAAGGACAUGACGACAGGCAAGUCAAAGGGGUAUGGAUUUGUGUCCUUCUACAACAAACUGGAUGCUGAGAAUUCCAUUGUUCAGAUGGGAGGACAGUGGCUUGGAGGGCGCCAAAUCCGGACCAACUGGGCAACACGCAAGCCGCCAGCUCCAAAAAGUGCUCAGGACAAUGGCUCGAAGCAGUUGAGGUUUGAUGACGUUGUGACUCAGUCCAGCCCACGUAACUGUACCGUGUACUGUGGCGGAAUCCAGUCAGGGCUCACAGAGAAUCUAAUGCGGCAGACAUUUUCACUGUUUGGACAAAUAAUGGAAGUCAGAGUUUUCCCAGAGAAAGGAUACGCUUUCAUCAGGUUUUCUUCACACGACAGUGCAGCCCAUGCCAUUGUCUCAGUACAUGGUACAGCCAUUGAAGGGCACAUAGUGAAGUGCUUCUGGGGCAAAGAAUCUCCUGAUAUGGCCAAAACUCCACAGCAGGCCAAUUACAGUCAGUGGGGGCAGUGGAACCUGCAACAGCAGCAAUAUGGCCAGUACAUGACCAGUAGAUGGCAAGUUCCCUCUUACAACAUGUACAACCAGACAUGGAACCAGCAAGGAUUUGAGCAGUCCCAGUCUCCAGCCUGGAUGGGAGGAUUUGGGUCUCCACCAGCCCAGCCUGCACCUCUGCCUGGUUCAGUCAUGUCGGACCUAUCCAGCUUCAGCGUGGCGGGCUAUCAGACGCAGUGAGACGGCUGGCUCCUCCCUCACGUUCUGUCCGGCCCCUUCAGAGCGCACGUGUCAUCGUUUCAGCAGGACAGCUGCUGUGGUGACUGAAGGAUGGGAGAUGUUCACAGAGCCUUGGUCUCCAAUGUUUGCUUCAGUCUGACCCGUUUCAGAAUACACUUUCUUCAUGUGGAACCUUUCAGAGCUGUGAUGGCGUUUGUGGGUUGUGGGCUGCUGUAAUGAAGCUGAGGCACCCGUCAGUGUCUAUGUACAUGUCAAAGGUCAAUUCUCCAGAGUGGACCUUUGUUUGCUGCUCAUUCAACAGCUGUUUGUUGGAACAGUUUGAUGCCAUUCUUCACAUCGUGUAGGCCUUCAUUCACAAGCUCUACUUUGUAACUGUGCAUCUGAUACACUUUUGUGUUUAAUGUGGUAGUUCAGCGGUUUUAAAGCUCGCUGAAGAUUUUAUCAGUAUGUCAAAUCUGGGAAACAUCAAAUAUUAUAUAAACAUUAAAGGACAAGUUCACUUUUUUUCAGCUGUAGUCGCAUAUAAAA